AUGAGCUACUACUACGGAGGCCUGGGCUACGGCUAUGGCAACUUCGGGGGCCUGGGCUACGGCUGUGGAUAUGGCAGCAGCUUCCGCAGACUGGGCUGUGGCUGUGGCUAUGGAGGAUAUGGAUACGGCUCUGGAUAUGGAGGCUAUGGAUAUGGCUCUGGAUAUGGAGGCUAUGGAUACGGAUGCUGCCGCCCUUCAUGCUAUGGAGGAUAUGGGUUCUCCAGCUUCUACUAA